AUUCAAACAUAAUCUAAUAAAGGAAGGAUCAACUAACAGCUUAGGAUCUCAAUUUUGGGGCCAAGAAAAACACAAUGAGCAAGCAGCCAGGCAUUUAUUCUGAUAUUGGCAAAAAUGCAACAGAUCUUCUGUAUGGAGAUCAUAUCAGGCAAUCGCCAAUUCGCUGUCACUACAAUUGGCUUGAUUUUUUGAGCUUAUACUUCAAGUGUCAAGUUAGUGGCAUUGUACCUGGGCUAAGUACACUUCUCAAGUUGCAUAUACGAGAUCAGAGGCCUGGAAAUGUGGAAGUGCAGUACAUGAAUAAUUAUUUUGGAGUUGCAACAGGCAUCACUUUGGCAAAAAGUCCCCUGUUAACUCUAUCUGGUGUCACAGGAAUUGGGUUUUUUAGCAUUGGUUCAGAGAUAUCUUUCGAUACAGCAACCAAAACACUGACCGAAUAUAAUGCUGGUUUGAACGUCAAUACUGACAUUCUCACUGCUUCACUCACCCUGAGCGAUAAAGCUGAUACUUUGAGAGCUCACUUUUACCGGCCAAUUCGACCCUUAACAAGCACUGGGGUUGCAGCGGAGAUAACGCAUAGGUUCAUCAGCAAACAGCCGACUCUAACACUAGGAGCUCAGCAUUGUCUGUUUCCUUUCAUGCUGAUUAAAGCUCGAGUUACAAGUGAUGGCAGUUUGGGUGCUCUUGUCCAAAACAAUAUUUUCUCAACAGUCUUUCUGACUAUCGCAACAGAGUUGAAUGUCAUGGAUGCCAGGAAUACUGCGAAACUGGGGUUCUCACUCGCCCUUAACCUUAAGCGUACCAGAGGCGAACCUAGGAUUUGAAGUUUCUGGCUACCCUUCACUUACCAGAGAACUCACAAUUCAUUUAUGCUACUAUGCUUGCAAUUUUAUUAUAAUUUUUUUCCUGAAUUAGCCGGCCCGCACUUCCGCAACUAAUAACGGGGUAUGACCUCACUACUAUAUAGGAUAUGUUACCUUCUCUUCAAUGAGUGCAGUGAAGGACUCUAGGCUCACCCGCCGGUUUAACUUAUGGCAUCAUCGACUUGCUUUUCAAUCAAAGCGAUUUCAUUACCAUAAAGAAAAACCUCUCUUUAGGGAUCAGCCCCGUCCUAGAUGUAAUAGUCAAUCAGCAGGACGUUCAAAGAAGCUAUGCACCUUCACUGAGUGUUAAUGAAAGAAGGCCCUUUCAUCUCAGCUACGGAAAGUUUUCUCAAAAAAUUAUUAUUCAGAAAAAUUACUCAAUUAUUGUAAUUUCAAGUAUAAAUUUACUCAAUUGAUUAAAGUGAUUACAUUUUUA